CACUGGUCACUGCGAGAAGGUGAUGAUGCAAUGCCGUUAGGUAUCGUUUGGGGAAAAAAAAAUAUUUGGAAAAUUGGAGAGCCACCAAAUUGCUUCAUUGUGAAGUAAGAAGUCGCCCUUAUGGUCAUCAUCUUGAGCCAAUCAGCCCAAACGGGCCACUAACAGCCAAAGUAAUGCCAUAUUCUCCAGGCUGCCAUCCAUCAAACCAAUUAAUUAAUUUUAUUAUUAAUCCUUCCCUGACCUCCACUCCCUUUCACUCUCCUCCAUUCCUUAUACGGCACUUCACACCUCCACUCCAAAUCAAGCCCCCCACCAACCUCUAAACUCUAUCUCCGUUCGGCAAUGGAUUUUUCAACCUCCGACGACCACUCCGAGCCCGUCAGGGAGUUCCUCCCUUUCCUCCGCAUCUACAAAGACGGCACCGUCCAGCGCCUCACGGGGACCAAAAUCGUCCCGCCUUCUCUCCACGACCCCAAAUCCGCCGUCCAAUCCAAAGACGUCCGGUACUACUCCUCUUCCUCCGCCGGCGGGGAUGUCAUUCUCCGAUCCAGGAUCUAUCUCCCGAAGCAGACCGCGCCGGGGGAGAAGCUCCCUGUCUUGGUCUACUACCACGGCGGCGCCUUCCUAAUCGAAUCCGCCUUCUCACCGAUCUACCACAAUUACCUCAACACUUUAGUCGCCGAGGCCAAUGUCAUCGCCGUCUCCGUCGACUACCGGAGAGCCCCCGAGAACCCACUCCCCAUCGCGUACGAGGAUUCGUGGGCCGCGCUCGAAUGGAUCGCUUCCCAUGCCUCUGGCGGCGGAUCUGAGGAUUGGCUCAACAAGCACGCCGAUUUCGACUCGGUGUUCGUCGCGGGGGACAGCGCCGGCGCGAAUAUAGCGCAUCGGAUGGCGAUUAGGUUCGGCAAGGAAGGGAUCGGGGGGAUUGGAUUCGCUGGGCUGGUUUUGAUCCAUCCGUAUUUUUGGGGGAAAGAUCCGAUUGGGAACGAGGAGAAGGAGUCGGAGUUCAGGGAAGGUGCUUUUGAGUUCUGGAAGCUGGCUUGCCCGACGACGACGGGGCCCGACGACCCGUUGGUGAACCCGGCCGCCGACCCGGAUCUGGGGAGGCUGGGCUGUUCGAAGGUGGUGGUGGCCGUGGCGGAGAAGGAUUUCUUGAGCGACAGAGGGAGGUAUUACUGCGAGGCGGUGAGGAAGAGCGGGUGGAAAGGCGAGAUCGAGCUCUUGGAGGCCAAGGACGAGCAGCACGUCUUCCACUUGAUGGACGGCGGCUGCGAGAACGCCGUCGCGAUGCGGUCCAAGAUUUGUUCUUUCAUCAAUGGUUGACUUCGGGUCAACGUUUUUGGUGUUCAUAAGAGCAGAUUUGUUGUAACGCGGCCGGAAAAGAAUAAGAAAUGGUUAGUUGAUUGAUCUGGCGGUGGUGUUGCGUUGUCGGCUUCGUUUUGCGGUUUUUCAGAUUCCAGUUAAUAUAUUGCAGCGCAGGUAAAAUAACUGAAUUGCUAAAAUUCGCUUUUAAAAUUGUUAAAGAUUGAUUAAAAAAUAUCAAAGUUGCAU